CCGAGAUUAAGAACCCUCGUCCAACUGACAUUGGCAUAUUUAUCGCAUAAAAAUUGAGUUGCAGUGAAAUAAUGUCGAUCCAAAGGCGUUUCAUGUCGUCCUGGAAAGAGUGGGCCUACAAACUGUCCGGUUUCAACAAGUACGGCCUAUGGAGGGACGAUUUACUAAACGAAACUAUGGACGUGGAUGUGGCGCAGGCGCUCAAACGUUUGCCGCCGAACGUUCUGGAAGAGAGGAACUUCAGGAUUUUACGAGCGGUCCAGCUGUCCAUAAGGAAGGAGGUGUUGCCCAAGGAGUCCUGGACCAAGCUGGAGGAGGACAAGUUGUAUUUGACCCCCAUGGUGGAGCAAUGCGCCAAAGAGAGAAAGGAGCAAGAGGAAUGGAAUCGGGAUAAUUAAGUGUCAUGUGUUAGUGUAAUUGUAAUAAAUACUUCCUUUUUA